UACGGCGAUGGUUACGGACCUCCAGCUCCACAGCCGGGUGAUGGAUCCUAUCCUGUGCCGACAGAUCCCACCGGGAACAUGGGUCCAUAUUACAACAACAUGUACCAGCUAGGUGGACCGAUGUCGACAAGCGAUCAAAUGAUGCAUCCACAUCUUGAUGAGCAAGUGAAGCGUGACAAAGCGGCUAUUCACUCGUAA